AUGAGGCGAUGGGCCCUGACUUUGGCCCUAAUUUGUUUGGUGGCCCUUUUUAGGGGAGGAUCUGCUCAAAAAUCUUCGGAUUCGACGACAGUCGCAACUACCACCACUUCCGGCUCCAGCUCCACCCCGUCGGAUGGGAGCAGCUCAACCGCCACGAACGCAGCAGUUGUCAGUUCAACAACGGACGCGUCUUCGGGAACCGGCGGCACAUCUCAGUCAGUGGGAAGCAGCACAUCUGGGGCACCAAGACCGUCAACGUCGUCGGGUGUUCCCGUCUCCUUAACAUCACCUGGUUCCACACCCACGGUUCCGUCGGGCCAGACAACGCCAUCCGCGGGCUCUACGCAGAGUGGCAGUACAUCAAAUCCAGCAAGUCCCGGAUCCACGGUGACAACCCAAGCACCCACUACGCAGCCAAUAGAUGUGACUCAAGUCCUCUGGACGGUUCCGCUCGACGACACCGACCCGACGACGCUGUUGCAGCAGAUUGCCGCCCUGAACGCCACGGUGAUGGGGCUUAAACAAAAGAUCUCGACCCUGUUCGACAACGUGAACGGCCAGAACAACAGUCUGAUCGACCAGCUGAACGCGUACAACGUAACGAUUCAAAAUAUUGCGCUCGACAGUGACGCCUUGAUGAAGGAGAUCAACAACUCCAAAAUCGAGUUUGCGGCCAGCAACAGCUUUGCCGCAAUGGUGCUGCAGCAGAUGGCGUGUAUGAAGAGCAGCCCUUGUGCUGUCCCGCCCACCCCGCCCGCACCAACCGCUACUGCUUGCAUCGGAAACCAGGAUGCGACGAACACACGACGAUCAUCUCCCCCUGACGACCCUCUCGAAUUGAGCGUCUCGUUCGGCAAGCUGAAAAAACUGACGAUCUUGGACGCGGUCUCAGGCAAGGAACUUACUGGCUUCAAGACGGAUGGCAGCCCACAAGAGUUGAAGACAACGGCCGUUCUUGUGAAUUAUCAGGAUGAUGACUCUACUGGCGGCCAAAAUCUGACCGUUACCUAUUUGACUUACAACGUCUGCACGGACUUUAAAUGCGAGAAUGGCGGAACUUGCUUUGUGGACAGUGGUCUCCCGCAUUGCAAGUGCGAGAUUUGCUUCUCUGGAGAGCAUUGUGAAGCUGAAACAAAUCCGUGCACUGGUAGCCAAGUCAACCGCAAUUGCAAGGAGAUCAAUGGUCAGCAGAAGUGUGUCCCAGAUACCUCGGGCGGUACUUGCGACUGGAAGUGUGAGUGUACGCCACCUUACCAUAAUCCAGCCGGCGGCAAUAACAAGACCUGCGUGGAUACCUUGGAAUCGCGUUGGUUCCGGUGG